GUUGUCAUGGCGGCGUUUCAAACGUCUGUUUGCUAGCUAGCUACUUGCUUCACUAGUAAAAUGCUAUUAGUAAAUAAUGGCAAUUCUGUAGCUAUCUAUCACGGUGACAGCUACGUUUCUAAAAGAAACAACGAUGAUCUUAGGAGGGCCAGGUCAAGCAGCAAAAAGCUGGGUUGCCAUAGGUUCAAAUCAGCACUGUGGUACUGGGCUGUCCAAAACACAGUUACUGUUUAAUAAGGCUGUACCAGCCAGUGCCUACAAACCUGCAUCCAGAGUUGGCCCACCAGCCCCCAUUGUGAUUGAGAAGUUCAGGACCAAUGGGGAGGAGCAGCAGGAUGAAGACAGCACCAGGAGUUCCAUGAGCUUCUCUGCUCUCUCAGAGGAGAGGCUACUUGCUGCAGUCCGGCUGGCUAAACGGGACCUGAGGCGGAGACGGCAGGAGUCUCUCAUCAACUCUCCCAUAAGACCUCAGCAGCCAGAGAACUAUCCACCUAAGAACAGCACGGAUGAUCUGCCACAGCAGAGGAUGGACACAGGGAGGACAAAGGCUUCUGUUUCAAAAGAGGAGGUGACCCGGUCAGGAGCCAGUGUUCUGGUCUACACCCCCCACAAGCUGUCUGGUCCUCCCUGGCCAGAGCAGGGUCUUUCCCCCCCUACCAAAGACCCUGGCCCAGGUCAGACCAACACGAGCCCGGAGCCCAAGCUCAGCCAGGAGAUUCGCAGGCUGCAGAAAGAGCUGGCCAUCUACAUUCAGAAAAUUGAGCAGCUGGCUAGCAGAGGCGGUUCACUGGAGAAGCCCCUGGAGCCUGAGGAGCAGCGGAGGGUGGAGGUCCGCAGACAGGAGCAGGCGGCCCGCUCUGCACGCAUCAUCUACGUACUGCAGCAACAGGUGAAAGAGAUCCAGGCGGAUAUAGAUAAACUACGUUCCCCAAAAAUUCAUCACACGAAAAAAUCCAGAGCCAUGGACAGACUGGCUGCUGCCCACAGGGGGGCAGUCAGGGCCAUGCAGGUCUUCACCAGCCAGCUCUCUGCUCCGUCCGAGGGCAGAGUGCCUUCCCAUUACAAAGAACUUGGCCAGCUGAUUCGCCAGCUCUCUCUGUGUUCUGCCAAGGUGGAGGUGGGCCAGGGCUCCGCCGUGCCUGAGACGGCCCUGGACAUCCUACAGAAGCUAGAGACCCUCGACUCAGCGCUGAGUAAACAACACAGUCCACGGAGGAGGCCUGCCCGAGGACGCAGCUCCUCCCCUGCACGCUGGGGCUCUCCGCAUCGCACCUCGUCGCCUCCCCGCGCAACCAGGGGCCCUGCCACCAGGGGGCCUGCCACCAGGGGCCCUGCCACCAGGGGGCUCCAAGGUGCCCGGAGAGCUGUGGGCCCCAAGAGGAGCUUUUCUGGUAGGAGGGUCCCCCAGCCCCCCAGAUCCAGUCAGGCUGCCCCACUGGACCGCAGCCAGGUGCUGCGUGCUGGUCUGGAGAGCCUGGUCCUGCAGAGGGAGCUCAGAGACGGAGGACAGAAGCCAGGUGGCCAGCUACGGGAUGUGGGUUUUCAGCAGCCUACAGUGGCCUCCAGACUGAGGGUCAGCCAGCUUCCCCAGAAAGAGCCCUCUGUACCCUGGAUCCCAACGUCCCCUCACUCUCCUCCCAGACAACGCCCCCCUCACAGGAGGCCAGAACCCCGGUGUCUCUUCUCCCCUGGGAUGCCCCCCGCAGCACCGUCUGAGUUGCCCGCCUCCCCGCCCCCAGGCCCCCCGCCCCCAUGCCCCCCUCCCCCAGGCCCCCCAGAGCAGCAGGGGAUUAUGGGAGGGGCCCAGGUGACGUCAGAACAGGGACUAAGCCCGGACAAGAAGAGACAAGCCCAGAGCGAAGCUCUCAGGCAAGCCUGGCUGGAUAAGAUGACGAGGCAGAGGCUUAUGGAGCUGGACCGGCUGAGUCAGCAGGCAGUACGACGAAUCCACAGAAUGAGGUGUGAUGUGGGCUCUUCGACACACUGGGCAGAGAGAGGAGAUCAGGAGACUGGAGGAAGACUGGCGACGCUGUCGGGCCAGGCUCAGGCUGUGGAGAGUACUGAGCAGGUCAGCCAGGCUCUGCUAGAGGAGCUGCUGGACGAGGCAGCGCGGGCGGCCUGGACGGCCCAGACAGACAGGCUGGCCGAGGGGACGGCCCAGACAGACAGGCUGGCCGAAGGGCCGGCCCAGAGACGGCUCCAGGCCCCCACCCUGAAGGACAUGCUGCUGAGGAUGGAGGAGAUGGAGAGAGACCAGGAGGCGGUGAGGAGACGGUUUAACACCAUCUCAUACUCUGACCCCUACUACAGCGACAGAGAGGAGGCAACUGGGACCAAGCCACCUGCUCCAGGCUCCAGGACAGUCUCUCCCAGGACAGUCUCUCCCAGGACAGUCUCUCCCAGGUCAACCAGGCCCCCCAGACCAACCCUAAGACACUCCCCCACGGCUGACAUCAUCCUAGAGAAGCCCAAUGAGAUGGGACGCACUCUUCAGCCUGAGGCCGGCUUCACGGAGGAGAGACCUCCUGAGGAGAGACCUCCGGAGGACAUGGCGUCCGGUGGCCGUCUUGCCGUGGCGGGGGGGAGCCAAGGGGGGACCCCAGGGGGGACGCGGGUCUCGGUGCCGGGCAGCUUGCUGAGCAGCAUCCUGCGCUACAGAGAGGACCACGAGGCCUACCUCCGCCUGGUGGCGCACGAGGCCGUCGGCACCUUCAACCCCUGGGCCAUCGCUGACAGUCUGGCUGAGGAGCUGAUGUCGGAGGCCCUGGCAGAUGUGGCUGCAGAGUUCCAGGAUGUGUGCGAAGAGUAUGCAGAAGCUGUCUUCACCUCUGAGUUCCUCCAGCCAAUCCUUUCUCCUCCUGCCACAGUUCCACCGCUGGAUAGCCAAUAGGAGAGCUCCUUGCCAGUCCAGAUAUUCUACUGUCCAGAUGCCAAGCAGAGAUAUGAUCAUUAUUUAGUUAAAGGAACAAGAUGUGAAGCGUUACUCGGGCAAACAACAUAUUUACACUCUUAUAUGUUAAGUUUACAAAUGCUGCAUGAGUUUUAAUUAUUUCAUACCCGUUUAUAGGUUCUUUGUUAAACUACCGACUUUCAUGGGAGUAUUCCAUUGGGAAAGUUGGGCUACAUUUGAUAAGCUUACUGGGAACAUUAUUAAAAAGGAUUAAAAGAUUAUCGAACCACUUUCGGUAUAUAAAUCUCUCAAAGGAUUUCUUGCGCUUUUUAUUUUUAGACUGGAAUAUGGAACUAAAUUAAUAGAGCAGACCACUUCCACACAGGACACAGGAGUCAAAGACCUCUAAAAAUUUUUUUAACAUCUUCAUGGCAUAUUUGGCUUUCGACUAACAUAUAGUGUCCUUGUGCUUCGUCAUUCCCUCCCUCCAGUGAGCAUACCUUUGUGUAUGUUGUGGCCAAAAUGACUGUUCAGUGAUUUAUUAAACGCAUAUUGUGAAUGCACACUGGAGGGUGAUGUCAGAAGCCCUCAGAACGUGAAAGCAGCUGUGAUGGAGGAGAAGAGGCAGGUUCAGACGCUGAGCCCCUGGGAAUCUUCCUCUGACAGGGGACAAAGUGACUUAGAGCAUUAGCUCACUUUGAGUCAGUCUCUCUCUUUCCCCUUCUGUUCUGUGGGAGUGUCCGUGUAUGCUUUUCUAUCAAAUGUCUUCCAAGUCAUAGACAAAAACGAAUUGGAAUCGAGGAGGGAUAACAUUUUAGUUGAAUAUAGAAAGUACUUUCAUGCUUGAAAUAGGGAGAAAAUCAUAUUUGUACUGUGUGUGCGUGCUAUUUUCUAAUUAUUUUAUAUUGUCAUGGUGCAGACAAGUUAUUUUUGAUACAAACAUGUGUGUUCAAGUGGCUGUCGCUUCCCCAGACAUCACAGGCACUUGAUAACAAGAUCCACCUCUGUGUAAAUGCAGAAGAUAAUGAAAUUGAUUUUCUUUGCUUUGAUGUAUUGAUGUGUAUGUAGGCUAUGCUUGAUCAAAUUGAUUAGUUUGAUAUAGAUUGCCUAAGUAGACAAAUGUGUAUAAUGCUUGCUGAUGCGUUAUUAGCAUACUAUGAAUAUAAAUGUGGUGCUUUAGCCCUGUAUUUUAUUUCAAUACUUUUUUUUAUAUUUGAAAUUCAGGUACAUCCAUUCAGAGACCACAUGCUCAUUGAUGUAAAUUACCAGAGCGCCGUGUUAUAUUAGUUUGGUUGUCCCUGUUGGUUACAGUAGCUAAACCUAAUGGCUGCCAUUAUCUUCAUUACUAACCAAAUGAAUGUGGCUGAGCACGAUGAGUAGUGUAGUCAUCUCCAUGGUACACUUCCAUUGAGAUGAGACAUUACAGUCUGAUGAAUCAGGAUAAGGAUAUUUUUUGUUUUCCCUCUGGGUCGCUUCCGAACCCUCCGUCGAUGUACAAGGUGAUUAGACUCUGGGAUGAUGUCACGACCAUAGGGUUCUUGUGUGGAGGAGGGCUGCAGCUGAGUCAAUGAUCCCAAGGCAGGAAAUCUCCAGUCAACCUUAAAAAAUACAAAAAUACAAAGCUUUACUUGAACUACAUUACAAAAUAGAUCUUGUGUCCUCCUCUGCACAGAACAAGUCUGUUGCUGUAGUUUAUAUGAAUGCAGUACAUGUAAACAGGUAAUAUUGAAUUGCUACCAUGUUGUGGCCUGAAGCACAAAUGAAUGGUUGUUAGUGUUACUCUGUGGAUAUCGAGGAGAGCCUAGCCUGCCAAUUCCAGGUUAUUGUGAGUGGUGCUCCCCUCUUUUCCUAGGACUGUGUGUUAUAAAUAAAUAGCAGUGUGUCUCUGGGUUGGAAAAACUGGUUCAAUUGAGCUUGUUGACAGGUAAGGACUCUCUUAUCGCCUCACCAAGUGAUGGGUUUUAGCCUUAGCACCUAAACAUCAGUUUACAAGCCUUUGCGCUUGUGUGUUUGACUUGACGGAUUUUGAGAACGUUUUGUUUUCUUAAUCUUAAUUGUGUUUUAUAAAGUGUUCAAAUCAUGUAUUUAUAGGGUUGGUUUAUUGGUUUAUAUACCAAUAAACGAUUGUGCUAAACUA